CUCCCCAUCCCUGUGCAGCGCCGGUUCCUGGGCUGAUCCGAGUUCACUGCUGCCGGGGCGGCCGGUGUUCUCCUCUCCAUGUAGCAGCGGCUGAAGGUCGCCGAGGCGAACACCGGGUGUGACAAUGCUGGGGAUCAUCAGCCUGCAGGGGCUCACCAGGGACCUGUCCCUCUACCUGGAGAACCAAGUCCGAGUGGGGCUGUUCGGCUCCGGGGUGGGACUGUCAUUGGUGCUGGGCUUCGGUGCAGCCUAUGCCUGCUAUUACCUGAGUGUCAUUGCCAAGAAGCCUCAGCUGGUGAUUGGAGGAGAAGCUUUCUGCCGUUUCCUGAAGCAACACUGCCCUACGCUGACUGAAACAUACUACCCCACAUUGUGGUGCUGGGAAGGCAGAGUACAGACAUUGCUGAGACCCUUCAUCACUGUCAAACCACUGGUUCAUUACAACAACGAGCUUAUUAAAACAGCAGAUGGAGGGCAGAUUUCUCUGGACUGGUUUAAUAAUGAUGGUAAUGCAAUUUAUCCAGACGCCAGUAUGAGACCUACAAUCCUUCUUCUGCCUGGUCUCACGGGAACAAGUCGAGAAUCCUAUAUACUCCACAUGGUUACACAUAGUGAAGGACUCGGAUACAGGUGUGUUGUGUUCAACAAUCGAGGGGUCGCUGGUGAAGAUCUUUUGACCCCAAGGACAUACUGUGCGGCAAACACGGAGGACCUGGAGACGGUCAUCCAGCAUGUACACAAUAUGUAUCCUGAUGCCCCACUUAUGGCUGCUGGGGUUUCAAUGGGAGGAAUGCUGCUGCUGAAUUACCUAGGUAAAACUGGGCGACAGACGCCACUAAGGGGUGCUGCAGUGUUCUCAGCUGGCUGGGAAGUUUUUGAAUCUGCUAUUGUCCUAGAGAAACCUAUUAAUUGGAUACUUUUCAAUUACUAUUUAACAACCUGUCUCCAGGCUUCAAUUAUCAGACAUCGUGCCAUUUUGGAGAAACAAUUUGAUAUUGAUAACAUUAUGAAGGCAAAAUCGAUCAGAGAAUUUGACACAAGAUUCACGUCUGUGAUGUUUGGGUAUCCUACAAAUGAUCACUACUAUAAAGAUGCAAGUCCGUGCCAUCGAGUGAAAUCAAUUGAGAUACCAGUAUUGUGCCUAAAUGCUGUGGAUGAUGUGUUUUCACCUGGGCAUGCAAUCCCUGUGGAAAGUGCCAAACAAAAUCCAAAUGUAGCACUCGUCCUUACAUCGUAUGGAGGCCAUAUUGGUUUUCUUGAAGGAAUCUGGCCACGUCAACAAACAUACAUGGAUAGAGUCUUUAAGCAGUUUGUCCAAGCUAUAUUUGAGCAUGGCAAUGAAAUCUACAAUAUGUAACAUAAGGUUGUUGUUUUUUUAAUUGUUUUUAUUUGUCAAGUUCAUUAAUGUAUAGCAUCAGGUUCUGCUCUAGCAAAUCAGCUUAUGCACAAGUUAACCCACGAGUUGUUGAUGAGUCUGGGAUUAACCCUUCUGAACGUGAGAGAGUUGCCUAACGGCAAAACACAACCCUCUGAUAUUUAACAGGUUAAGCGUCUACAGAUGCAUUGGGGUUAACAAAAAAGCCAAAAUGCCAGUGAACUAGGUGUAAGCAUCUGGCAUUCAAAAACUUGCACAUACUGUUUUGUAGCCAGACCUUACAUGUAGGAAGGUUAGCCUUUUGUAAUUAUUAUUAUUAUUAUUUGUAUGUUCUACCAAGAAAGACCUUAAAG